AUGCUGGCGGCGUGCAGCACGGAACUCCUGGGUCUGCUGGUUUGCGCGCUCGUGUUUCUCGUGUGGGCGAUGGUGUACACGCCCACCGAGGGACACCACCAGCGGCAAAACGUGGCCGCCGUCGGGCUCGGCAUGCUGGACGUGGCCAUCGUGGUCGCCACCUACAUCGCCGUCCUCACCGCGACGAUCGGCGCCACCGCGCUGACGCGCGCCGAGCACACCACCAUCAUCGCCGCGGAUGCUACGCGCACGGGCCGGAUCAGCCGAGAGAUCGAUAUUGCCAUCGCGCGCAACGCGCUGCCGCCGCCCACGACACGUCCACCAUUGGGUACGUCGUACGGCGUCUACGCCUGGCAUCUGUGGCCCGGCCCGACGCUCAAGGAUAUCAAUGACGUGGCCGAGCGGGAUCCCGAUGGGGCCGCCAUCUUGCGCGAACGAGCGGGCCCCAACCGAGCCCUCGUGGCCCGAAACAAGCGAAUCAUACUCGGUGAGUUGCGUGCCAUAGAAGCCAGAUGUAAAUAA